AUGCGAAAUGAAAUCGCUCAACAAGAAGAAGAGGUACAAGACCUCGAGGCGCUGGCGCCUGUUGCAACCCGCACUCCUCCAUUUUCUGUCUUCACCAAAUGGCAAAAACGAUUUAUUGUCUUCAUGGUCGCACUCGGAGGAUUCUAUUCGCCGCUGAGUGCGAAUAUUUAUUUUCCAGCACUAAACACGCUGUCACACGAGCUGAAUGUAUCGAGCGAACUCAUGAAUUUGACAAUUACAUCCUACAUGAUUUUCCAGGGUCUGUCACCCACUAUAUUUGGCGAUCUAGCGGACAUGGCUGGCCGGCGACCAGCAUAUGUUAUUGGCUUCAUCGUCUAUAUUGGCGCCUGCAUUGGACUGGCGCUACAAACCAAUUAUGCUGCGCUUUUUGUCCUGCGAUGUCUCCAGAGCACCGGUUGCAGUGGAACAAUCGCGUUAGCCAGUGGCGUUGUUGCUGACAUUGCAACAACUGCAGAACGAGGGACAUUUAUGGGCAUUGCCAGUAUGGGGCCCAUGGUUGCUCCGGCAUUAGCACCCGUACUAGGUGGCAUCUUGUCUCAAUACUUGGGAUGGCGAUCAAUGUUUUGGUUCUUGGUCAUUAUGGCAGGUGCCUAUCUGGUCAUAUUCCUGGCCUUCCAGCCCGAGACCGGCAGAAAUGUUGUUGGGAACGGAAGCGUUCCACCGCAGGGCUGGAAUAUGUCCCUGCUCAACUACCUUGAAGUACGGAAGCGCCCAAAGUCUGCCGACGGAACAGAGCUCAGCCGAACUGCAUCCCGGGAGGAGCAGCGACUCGCACAAGCCGAGCUUGCUAAAAAGCGUAGGCUCCGCUGGCCAAAUCCGCUCAAUGCUUUAUCAGUUAUUGUUCAAGUCGAUGUCGGCAUGCUCCUCUUCUAUAAUAGUCUCGUGUACACAGCAUACUACUGCAUCACAACAAGCGUUACAUCUACUUUUAGCGACAUCUAUGGCUUUGACGAUUUCCAAAUUGGAUUAUGCUUCAUACCCAUGGGCGUAGGAUGUUUCUGCGCGCCACUCCUCAACGGUCGAGCCCUAGAUUGGAAUUUUAAGCGGAUAUCGCGUUCUCUCAACAUGCCCGUCGACCGCAAGCGCCAAGACGAUCUCAAAGACUUUCCACUCGAGCGAGCACGUAUCCAACUCGCCUGGCCACUAGUCUUUAUCGGCAACGCCGCGGUCUUAUGUUACGGCUGGGUUCUCCACGCCAGGGCCCAUCUCGCCGCGCCUCUUGUCUUGCAUUUCAUCAUCGGACUAAUGUUUACGGGGGCGUUCAACGUCACUAAUGUUCUGCUGAUCGAUUUAUACCCGCUGAGUCCAGCUACCGCCACCGCCGCGAACAAUCUUGUGCGCUGUCUUCUGGGUGCUGGCGGAGCAGCUGUCAUUGUUCAAAUGAUUCGGAAAAUGGGCAGUGGACCAUGCUUCACAUUCAUCGCAGCAAUCGUAUACGUUGCAAGUCCUAUUCUCUUUAUCCUCAUGAAACGCGGCCCACGAUGGCGCGAAGCCCGUCGACAGCGCCUUCUAGUGAUGAAUAACGAACACGAAGAUGGAAACACUCCUAAUGCUGCUACUACUACUACUUCCUAUCCUCCUGCCGCUGCUACUACCACUGCUGCUAUAGACGAUGACGAUAACGAUGAUGAAAAGGACGCUGACGACGCUGACGAUGCUGAACCCGGUGCUGAGACUAACACCGAUACCGACAAAAAAGAGUAA